CUGUCGUAUCCUGCCAGUUCAGAUAGACAUUUCGGCUGGCGCCGUUGACCAAUGGCGCCAAGCUCGGCAGGCCUGGCGAAAUGCACACGGAAAUUGGAAGUCGUUUUUGCCGUGGUACAGGGUAAUAAAGGUGACGGUAGUCGAGAUCGCCAUUGCUGGUCCGGAACAGGACUACAGGCCUGGGCAUGCAACGGUAUACGCAGGCAUGUACGCACCGGCUCAGUUGAAAAUUGACACCACCAGGCUCGCGGUUAAUCCACUUGAUAUCCCGGAUGAAAACAUAGACACGUGCCAAUUCAACACGUAUUGGGGUACUUGGGACCACACCGUUGAUUGUCCAAUGGUGUGGAGCGAUCCGGACUUGGGGUCGAGGUGUCCCAUGGAGGGCGGUUUCGCGUCCCAAAAGCAGCACCUGCGCCUGCGGUGGCAGCCUUUCUUCAAGAACUAUUUCGAGCAUCCCGAACUCGCGGCCUGGCAUGGGGAUAUGGAUAAAUACGAGCUGCUGAUCAGCCAAUGGGAUAUAUUGAGCCAGUGGCGUGAUCUCAACAUUACAAGUCUUGGACAAUUCACGUUCAAAGGCUUGCUUGUGCAGGAGGGCUGGCAUGCCAGGCAAUACCAAGUCAUGUCAUCCUUCGUACUACCAGUUUUCGUGUUCCUCGCCGUGUUUGUGGCUUGGCUCGUCUAUGGCGAGUGGGCCACCGCAUGGCAGGUCGCAGGCUGCGUGAUUGCGGCGAUGUCCUUGGGUGUCUACACCAAGCACUGCGAGGAACGCAAGGGCAGAUAA